AUGCGCAGUUCACUGGCGGUAUGCCUAUCGCUACUUUUGCUGUGCGGCGUCGGCGUCCACGGCGAUGAUGCACGAAAGAACGACGAGGUCGUGUCGCAGCUCCGCGAGAAGUUGGCAGCCGCCGGUGUCGACCCACUACCGGCACCGCCGCACAACCUCGGCGUGCACACGGCGUGUGUGAUGCACGGCAUGGCGUGCCCCGACUCGUACGUUGCAUUCCUUGAAACGCUGCUGAAUUCGCCGAAAAAAGAUCCAAGUGCACCUGCGGGAAGCGGCCCGGGCACUGAGAACAAGAAAAAACCGAAACCGCCGCCGAAGAAGGAGGCGCGCGCGAAUACUGCUCCUGUUGGUGGUGCUGGGAGACGAGGCCACAGGGCAACAAAGAAAGAAGAUGACCCCGUAGGUGAGGCGCAACUGGAGAACCUGCGCCGGCUUCGUGAUGUGCUGCAGGAACGGCUGGUGGAGCGGCAGUCGCCUGAGAGCCAGUGGCGGUGCCAGGAGUACCACUGGCUGCGCAAAGGCCUCCGCCUCACCCUCGCCGUACACGAGAUGAUGGUGGAGCGAUACUGGAACUUCUUCGUGCACCGCCUCCUCCCAUGUGCUGUGCUCACGGUGGUGCUCACAUGGGUGUUCUUUGGCGAUCGCAUUCCACAGGAGCACAUUUGCAGUCUCCUCGCGGAUGAUCCCUCGUACUUACUGAAUGGGCAGAGGCUCUGCCGCCGAAAGCCGCUCUCUGUGGCUGAGCUUGUGAUGGAACGGGAAAAGUACAACUUCAGCGAUGAGGAUGAGAAUGCUGCUGACAAUGCCAAUAUCAAUGGUGAGGCGGCACCCAUGGGAGACUUGGAACGCAUGGUUAAACAUUCCCGCCGAACAGGCGCCAAUCACCGUCGUGAGCGUUGGCUUGCCACUCGCUUUGCUCUUCUUGAAGCACACGAAGAAUCGCGUCUGAGGGUGGUUGUUUUAAAGCUGCGCUUGGUGUUGAGUGUGCUGGUCUUCUUCUCACUGCUUUGGACCGUUUUUUCGUUGCCGAUGCGGGUGUCUGACCUACAAAGUGGUGGAGGUAUGCUGCAGCAGAUGUUCGGCAUGCUUUGCCCCUCAUGGAUGACGACCUCAGUUGCUUUGUACAUGGGUUGGUCAUGGGUUGGCGGCAUGGUGGCUUACGCCGGCUGGGAGGCUGUCUCGGCCGGAGAGGCCAUCAUAAAAUCAGACGAACGUGCCGCUUCUCUGCAUGAAAAAAUCUUGCAAGAUUGGGGUGGUUGA